AUGUAUAGAUCAAUAGCGGUGUAUCCUGGACUGGUAACGGGGGGCUUCAACCCCGCCAUUGUCACUGUUUCCGCAGAUCCCACGGAUCUCAUCGAUAAUUACGCCAAAAACGUUAAAGCAGAUACAGCAGAUAUUCCAUUGGGCAGAAACGUUGCACUAGAUCUCACGCAGAACUACCCGGACACAGUUGCUGGCGGCGGGGUAUAUAUCACUGGCUACGAGAAAUCUUGA